AUGGCGGGUCGCGCCCAGCCCAGCGGCCCCGCGGGCAGCGGCGGCGGCGCCCCGGGGCUCCUCCCGCUGCUGCUGCUGCUCCUGUCCGCCGCCGCCAUCAUCCCCCGAGGUCAUGGUCAGAACCUGGUGACAGAGGAUGUGACCGUGGUGGAGGGGGACGUGGCCACCAUCAGCUGCCGCGUCAAGAACAGCGACGACUCCGUGAUCCAGCUCCUGAACCCCAACAGGCAGACCAUCUAUUUCAGAGAUUUCAGGCCCCUGAAGGACAGCAGGUUCCAGCUGGUGAACUUCUCCAACAGCGAGCUGCGAGUGUCCCUGACCAACGUGUCCAUCUCCGACGAAGGGAGGUACUUCUGCCAGCUGUACACCGACCCGCCCCAGGAGAUCUACACCACCAUCACGGUGCUGGUGCCACCACGCAAUUUGGUAAUUGAUAUCGAGAAAGAAACCGCCGUGGAGGGAGAGGAGAUCGAGCUGAACUGCACUGCCAUGGCCAGCAGACCAGCCACCACCAUCAGAUGGUUCAAAGGCAACAAGGAGCUAACGGGCAAGUCGGAGGUGGAGCGAUGGUCGGACAUGUACACGGUGACCAGCCAGCUCCUGCUGAAGGUGGGCCGCGAGGACGACGGCGUCCCCGUCAUCUGCCUGGUGGAUCACCCUGCUGUCAAAGACUUGCAGACACAGCGUUACCUGGAAGUCAUGUAUAAGCCUCAAGUGCGGGUUUCUCAGAAUUACCCCUUGCAAGGCCUGACGAGAGAAGGGGAGCCGCUGGAGCUGACGUGCACGGCCUUUGGAAAGCCACAGCCUACGGACAUGAGGUGGUUAAGAGUAGAUGAUGAGAUGCCUCAACACGUUGUAGUGUCUGGUUCAAACCUUCUCAUUAGUAACCUAAACAAAACAGAUAAUGGUACAUACCGCUGUGAGGCUUCCAACGCGGUGGGGAAAUCACAUGCGGAUUACAUGCUGUUUGUAUACGAUCCCCCCACAACUAUCCCUCCUCCCACAACAACCACCACCACUACCACCACCAUCCCUACCACCAUCACAGACACAACGGCGACGACAGAACCAGCAGUUCACGGCUUUACUCAGUUGCCCAAUUCGGCCGAGGAGCUGGACUAUGGGGAUCUCUCAGAUUCCCGUGCGGGUGAGGACGGGGCCAUACGGAGCGUGGACCAUGCCGUGGUUGGUGGCGUCGUGGCCGUCGUCGUCUUUGCCAUGCUUUGCCUGCUCAUCAUUUUAGGGCGAUAUUUUGCCAGACAUAAAGGUACAUACUUCACUCACGAAGCCAAAGGAGCAGAUGAUGCGGCCGACGCAGACACAGCCAUCAUCAACGCAGAGGGGGGACAAAACAACUCCGAGGAAAAGAAAGAGUACUUCAUCUAGAGCAGCCUUGGUUCCCAUGAGGUGUCCAACUGUGGACGGUUACUACUGGCCCUAUUUAAACGCUACAAAGACAAAGUGAUCUUGGAAGUUGCAACCAGCUUGUGUCUUUUUUUUUUUUAAGAAAAAAAAAAGCAAAUGGGUGGAGAGCGGUGAGGCCGGGAAGGUCUGGGAUUUGCUGUGUAAAAAUAUUCCUCGUAAAGUACACUCUGCUGUUCGACACCUCAGUUCGUUUGGGUUUUCUUUUUUUGGCCAAGUCCAGCUUGGAUUUAGUUUAGUGAAGUCAUUUGCAGAAGAUUCUGUGCCUUGUUUAAUUUCUGUUCGUUCGGGUCGGGGGGAGGCUGGGAAGAAGAGGGGCUUCUGUGCGUUAGUUCCCUUCGGGUUUCUGUGGCUCUUCGUUUCCCCUUUCCUGUUUCUGGAGUUGCCAGCUGGGACCCCGUGGAGUAGGUGCGUUUCUCUGAAGGUGUUUCCCCUUUUUUCUCUUCACCAGUUUCCGUUCAGAACUCGAGCUCAUCGGAGGAGAACCAGCACAUUUUAGAUGCGUAGUUUGCAGUUCAGUGUGCCCAUGUCCCGUUCCCCCGUUGCCGUCAGGGCUCGGAUAACACCCCCCAAGCCCCCUUUUGUGGCUGUUUCAGGUGCUUUCGAUGGUGCAGCUGGGAAAUGGGCUGGAGCUCGGCAGAGGCGCUGCUCGGCCGCGGGGAUGCAGGAGCAGGGUCCCUGCUGGGCAGGCAGAGCCCUCCCGGAUGCGGGGGCUUCUCCUCAUCCUCUCCCCGCUGGGCGGCCGCGGAGGCAGCAGGUAAAGCCCCUCUGACGUGUGAGCCCAGACCUGGAGAGCGGCUGGAUGAACACACCUGCCUUUUUUUCUACCUGCUGAGUAAAAUGCGGGAAUUUGUGUUGAAACGAGCGUGCUAAUGACCACUAAAGCCAUAGGUGCACAGGAAACUCUGGCUCAAUUGGAAUUGUAAGCGACAGGUAGCAAACUGCAGCGGGAAGACGGUAUAAAGCUAUAUAUGCUGACUUUUUUUUGGUGAGUAAUCAUGGAUUUCAAGCGAUACUUUUUUAUUGUGUUUAUGUGGCAAAUGUAUCUGAUUUAUUUAAGGAAAGCAUUAAUCUUAGUGUCAGGUUUGGGGAUUUUUUUACGGGUUUUGGGGCGGGGCGGGGGGGCCAUUUUCAUGUGUUUGUUUUUUAAUUGCUGUUUUUUGGCAGAACCAUUACAAUGUGGGAUUCCUUUGGGAACGGGGCGGCCUGGAGCACCAAGCAGGCCCUUUUCCCCCGGCAGUAUUCCGUCUUUCCCCUCUUUCACGGGCGGAACCUCGCGAAACAAACACCCUUUUUCCCCGAGCAGCUUUUGCCGAGCGCAGCUCUUCUCUGAGCCCUCAGCACCAUUGCCAAACCCCAUCGCGGUGAGAAGCAGCCAGGCUGGAGCCGGGGGCUCCGCGGCACGGGACGGGCAUCCUGGCCUUGAGCAGCCCAUAUUUGUUUGGAAGUGUACCGUAGUGCAGUGUUACCGAUGUAACUUUGACUUACAAUGUUGACAUGUCUCAGGUUCAUGUGUUUGAUUGGUGUUUUCCGUCUCAGGUAGAUGAUUGCAAAAUUUUGGCCCCACGCAUUGGAAAAAUAAAAAAAAAAAAAACCACGCGUAAAAACAGGAGAAAAAACAGGAAAUUAUUAAUUUUAGUUGUAUAUCAGUUUAUGUAUUUUUUCUUCAGUAUACAGUGCACUGUUGAAAUGUAUUGUUGAGUAUUACUUUGUACAGCUUUAGAUCAUUAGGACUUUGAAGCGUGAAGAAAGAACAACCUUGUUUAAAGGAGGAUCACAAAUGAAGAACGCAGAACUGAUGAUAAACAACCUUGUUCUUUAUUUACCCGGCCUUUUUAUUUUUUCCCCUUAGGCCAGUUCUGUUUUAAGGUGUCCAUGGAAGAUGUUACAGUGUAAGAAAAUACAUAUCCAUCUGUUCCCAUUCACAUUUUGUAUUGGUUCAUGUAUCCCAUUUUUACAAAGGAAAAGAAGUACUAUAAAAUAUCUGUCUUCUUAAUAAAAAAAAGUUAAUGUUACAAAACUA